AUGGUCGGCGGAGAAACCGUCGGUCCGGCUUGCAUCUCAGGCCCCGUUAAGCCACCUUCUGUGUCGCAGUCUUCACUCUCGAUGGCGUCCAUAUUGGGCAGAGGCGCGAUUUUACAGCGUCCUCGAUCGGUCCAGUGUUGGUUCUGUCGUAAUCUCUCCAGCAGCUCUGUGCAGUUGGCCGGCCACAAUCGAUGGUCUACGAUCCGACAUGACAAGGCCAAGAAUGACAAGGCCAAAGGUAGAGAGCGUCAGAUCAUUGGGAAGGAAAUCAGCAGUGCGACGCAACUGUUGGGACCCGAUCCGAAAUUCAACCCUCGUCUGACAUUGGCCCUCUCGAACGCGAAGCGAGCGGGAAUGCCCAAGACCGUGAUUGAGGCUGCAAUUGCAAGGGGACAAGGGAUAAGCGUAUCGGGUGAAGCCCUGGAGCAAAUCACCAUUGAGGCGAUUCUCCCCCAUUCAGUUGCAGCGGUGAUCGAAUGCCAGACCGAUCAGAAAGCUCGUGUCUUGCAGGAUGUUCGCUAUGCCAUUAAGGAUAACGGUGGCACGGUCACCCCAACUACUUAUCUAUUCGAGAAGAAGGGUCGGAUAAUCUUUGAGACAAAGGAUGACGGUCUGAAUCCGGAUGAUUACAUCGAUCAGGCUAUCGAGGCCGGAGCGACAGAUAUCACCGCCGAUGAUGACGGCCGGCUUCUGGUGUUCACGGAGUCUACGGAGACGAAGAACGUGGGAGAAUCUCUUUCCAAGAUGACUGGUUUAGCUAUUGAGUCGGUCGAGAUUAUUUGGGAUCCGAACCCAGAUACCCUGGUGGAAUUGAAGGACGACGAACAUGUGAAAGAGAUUGAGGACAUAGUCACUAUCCUUCGCGAGGAAUCCAGCAUUCAAGAUAUUUAUCUGAACACGACCCGGCGAUUCUAA